AUGCAUCGAGAGAGUAAGGCGACCAAAGACAUCAUCGUCAUUGGGGCAGGGGUCGUGGGCUUGUCCACCGCCAUUAGAAUCCAGGAAGAGGGUGGUUGUCGAGUUACGAUAGUUGCCGAGACCUUCCCAGCUGACCCAAAGACUAUACGAUAUGCCAGCCACUGGGCCGGUGCACAUCAUGUCAGUGCGGCUUUUGAUGACAAGCGUCAACGAGAGAUGGAUAAGGAGACCUUUGAGAUCAUGUGGAAAGAUUCGGCACAUGGCGGACCAAUACAAGGAUGUUUCUUUCGACAUAACCACACGGAAUUCAGAUCUGACGGAGUGGACCCUACAGAAUGGCUUGAUUACAUGCCAGAAUUCAGAUCUGUUUCUAACAACGAACUCGUGCCCGGAGCGACACGCGGUUGGACCUUCACUACCUUUACCUUGUACCCACCUGUAUACCUCAGCUGGCUCUUGGGCCGCUUCUUAACCAACGGAGGUACGAUUGUACGCACACAGUUACAACAUAUCAGCCAGGCGAUGCAUGGUGGUAUUAGCGGGUUGCCUCAGAAGCCCGAUGCUAUAGUUGCCUGUGUUGGUCUCGGAGCCCGCUUCCUCGGGGGUAUCGAAGACAAGGAAGUCUACCCCGUUCGCGGACAAAGUAUCGUUCUAAAAGCGCCAUGGGUCAAGUACAGCAGAACACUAUCAUGUGCGGACGGAUCAUACUUCUACAUGAUGCCUAGAGUCACUGGUGAUGUCCUGGUGGGAGGAAUCAAAUCGGCAGAUGACUGGUUUCCUAUUCCUCGAGAGGAAGGCAGAGACUAUAUAUUAGCAGGAGUUCUCGCUAUUUGUCCUGAACUUGCAUCGCCCAAAAUCUGCGCGGAACGGGUACCAACGAUAGACGAUCUUCGACCUCUUAUCGUAGAGGAAGGCUGUGCUCUUCCUCCUAGUAGGAAUGGCGGAAUCAGACUGGAAACGGAGUGGUUCAAAGCUAGGCACGCUGGUAUGGGCUUCCAGUCCUCUUGGGGAUCGGCAUCAAUUGCUUUGGAUUUAUUGAAGGAGGCGCUUGCAAGUGGAGAGCCCAACACCAGUUAUUGGAGGGACACCUGGGGUGUAGAGUACGAAAAGGAGGGCUAA